AUGUCGUCGUCAUGGCCAUGGCAUUUCAUUGCCCUCUCUGAAUCCGACAAGCUACAUCGCCGGGACCUUCUUGAUCUCCGAGGACAGUAUGCACAAUGGUCUAUUGUCCUAGCCUUGGUUGCAGCUCGAGUCAUCCGAACCCUGGCAAAAGCCUCCGGGAAGACAUCAAAGCCAGCCCGUGGGCUACUCUCGUGGUGGGAUCGGCCACUUGUUUCUGGAUGGAUAGAAACUCGGCGACAGUAUUUCAUCUGCGGAGUCUGGCUAUCCUGGCUUGUAAGCCUCUCGGUUUGGAACAGUGGAGAUGACUACCUUCAUUUGACCAAAGCAUUGGGUCAUGUCGGCCUGUCUCAGAUCCCUUUACAGGUCUUGAUGUCUCCAGCAGCGUAUAUCUCAACUACCAAGCCAGGAGCUUCAUCGUUAUGCGCGGUUUUGACUGGGAUCUCUCAGCCAACUCUGACACCCUACCACCGUCUCUUUGGCCGAAUUGUUGUCUCGCCUCUCCUCCUCGCCCAUGCCUCACUUUACAUGAACUUUUUCGUGCAGAACACUCAUCCCGAGUUCGGUCUCUUAGUCUUCAAGCGAGUCCGUGACUUUGAUGUCCAAUGCGGCCUGCUUGCGAUCUUCUCAGCGGUGUCUCUCUUCCUCUUUGCGCGACCUCGUGGUGCUAAGCAGAGUGGACUUCAAGGUUGGCUAAUGCAAGGGCCCGUCCAAGAACGCAGGCGCAUGUUUUACCUAUACCAUGUGUUUUUGGUCGUGGUGUUGUGUGGUGCUGCUUACUUCCAUGUCAAGCAGGCGCAAAAGUACAUGAUUCAGACUCUAUCAGCCUCGGUACUCAAUGGGGUUUGUUCUUGGGCAGUGGUGCAGUGGGAAGGUCGACGAUAA